AUGUGGGGGCGCGCGGCGCGGCGGCGGUGCCCGUGGGGGCCGCGGCGGACCCGGGAGAAGCUGCUGGCGUUGCUGGCUCUGCUGGCUCUGGCCGGGCUGAGCGCCGUGUGGCGGGCGCGACGCGGGGCCGAGACCGUGGAGACCCGGGCCGGGGCCGCCGAGCCGGGAUCCCCGCGCGGCACCCCGCGCCCGGGACGCCGCGAGCCGGUGCUGUCGCGGCCGCCGCUGCCCGCCGACGCUCUGGGCGCACGGGGCGAAGCGGUGCGGCUGCAGCUGCGGGACGACGAGCUGCGGCUGCAGGAGGAGAGCGUGCGGCUGCACCAGAUCAACAUCUACCUCAGCGACCGCAUCUCGCUGCACCGCCGCCUGCCCGAGCGCUGGAACCCGCUGUGCAGAGAGCAGAAAUAUGAUUAUGACAAUUUGCCCAAGACCUCCGUUGUCAUAGCGUUUUAUAAUGAAGCCUGGUCAACGCUCCUUCGGACAGUUUAUAGUGUCCUCGAGACGUCUCCAGACAUUCUGCUGGAGGAAGUCAUCCUGGUAGAUGACUACAGUGACAGAGAACACCUAAAGGAGCGCUUGGCCAGCGAGCUGUCAGGUCUGCCCAAGGUCCGCCUGAUACGCGCCAGCAAGAGGGAAGGUCUGGUGCGAGCCCGGCUGCUGGGGGCUUCUGUGGCCAGAGGUGAUGUGUUGACUUUCCUGGACUGUCACUGUGAGUGCCACGAAGGAUGGCUGGAGCCACUGCUGCAGAGGAUCCACGAGGAGGAGUCAGCGGUGGUGUGCCCCGUGAUUGAUGUGAUUGACUGGAACACCUUCGAGUACCUGGGCAACGCCUGGGAGCCCCAGAUUGGAGGCUUCGACUGGCGGCUGGUGUUCACGUGGCAUGCGGUUCCUGAGCGGGAGCGGAAGCGAAUGCGGUCCCCCGUGGAUGUCAUCAGGUCUCCAACAAUGGCUGGGGGACUGUUUUCUGUGAGUAAGAGAUAUUUUGAAUAUCUGGGGUCUUACGAUACAGGCAUGGAAGUUUGGGGAGGAGAAAAUCUCGAAUUCUCCUUUAGGAUCUGGCAGUGUGGUGGCACUCUGGAAAUACACCCCUGCUCCCACGUUGGCCAUGUUUUCCCCAAGCAAGCUCCGUACUCGCGCAGCAAGGCCCUGGCCAACAGUGUCCGCGCCGCUGAAGUGUGGAUGGACGAGUUUAAAGAGUUAUACUACCACCGCAAUCCCCGUGCCCGUCUGGAACCCUUUGGGGAUGUGACGGAGAGGAGGGAGCUUCGGGCCAAGCUGCAGUGUAAAGAUUUCAGGUGGUUCCUGGAUACAGUGUACCCAGAGCUGAGCGUGCCGGAGGACAGGCCUGGCUUCUUCGGGAUGCUCCAGAACAAAGGACUAAAAGAUUAUUGCUUUGACUAUAAUCCUGAUGAAAACCAAGUUGAGGAAAACCAGGUCAUUUUGUACUUCUGUCAUGGCAUGGGCCAGAACCAGUUUUUUGAGUACACAUCCCAGAAGGAAAUACGCUAUAACACCCGCCAGCCCGAGGCCUGCACAGCUGUGGAAGCAGGAAAGGACACCCUGGUCAUGCAUCCCUGCAGUGACACCACUCCAGAGGACCAGAAAUUCAUCCUGCAGGAGGAUGGCUCUUUGGUUCAUGAACAGUCCAAGAAAUGUGUUCAGGCCACAAGGAGGUCCAGUGACAGUUUUGUGCCACUCUUACGAGACUGCACCAACUCAGACUACCAGAAAUGGUUCUUCAAGGAGCGCAUGUCGUAACACGUCACCCUGUCAAGCAAGGAGCCCAUCGAGGCCUUGGACUUUGUCCCAACAGAGAUGGAACCCGUGCAAUGAGCCCACCACAGACAUGGCUGCCACUUGUGACUAUGUUGCUGGAUUUAUUAAGAAUGUGAAUAAGUUUUGUACUGAUUUUGAAAACUUUACAAAUGUUCCCUAAGGGUAAUCAUAAAAUAUGAACUCUUGGUAUUGGGAAAAUUAAAUUCUUGGGAUAUUUUUCUAUUGAGAUGUAUAUUUUACAGUGAUGGCUUUUAUUCUUACUAGCAAAUACUGUAAAAAUUGUAUUUUGGUACUUACAGAGAUUCCCAGGUAUGAAGUUGUUUGCAGUGCACUUUGCAUAAACUACGAUACCUCCGAUGUUGGGUAGAGCUUUCACAGAGUGAGAAGAUGGGUGGGAGGAACAUUGUGUUGAUUUCCUCAAAGUGCUCCAGACCUAUUUAAUAAAAAAUGCUUUUUGCUUAUGAA